AUGAGUAACCUAGCAAGAAAUUUAUUUAACCAGCUGAAAAGCAAGGAAUUCAGAGAAUAUUUGAUGAGUACUCACUUCUGGGGUCCCGUGGCAAAUUGGGGCAUACCAUUGGCGGCUAUUGCAGACACACGGAAAGAUCCUGUAUUUAUAAGUGGCAAAAUGACAUUUGCUCUCUCACUAUACUCGCUUAUGUUCAUGAGGUUCGCUUGGAAGGUGCAGCCGCGCAACUUGCUUCUGUUUGCGUGCCACUUCACGAACGAAUGCGCACAGCUGACACAAGGCGCGAGGUUCAUCAACUACCAUUACAUACAGGGUGGCGAGAAGAAAGAAAAGAAAGAAUCCUCAUAG